AUAGCUUGGCGGGCAGAGAGCGGAAGGAUCGGACAUGUGCGGUAUAUUUUGUACAAUUUGGAAAAGUGGUAAAGAUGACGACCAAAACAUUGCAGAUGUACGUUACUUUUGUGAUGACAAUCAAAACGUCAAUCGGUAUUCGGUACAAUAAAUCAGUGCAAAUGAAAAACCUGUGGGGAGCAUCAUGAUAUUAUGAAAAAUAGUUGAGCUCAUAUAAAUUAUAUCAAUUGCAAGUGCAUGAUAAAGCAACGUGGUCCUGAUUAUUUGGGAGAAAAAUUGGAAAAUUUGUCUGACCAAUGGAGGGGUUUUUUUGCAACCAGUAUUCUAUGGACACAAGGUCCACAGCUUUUCAAACAGCCAUGCAUCGACACAGAUGGAAAUAUUCUAAUGUGGAAUGGCGACAUAUUCUCAGGAGAAUUAGCUAGAAGUGACGUUGCUGACACUGAAGUUCUUAGGAAUGAGCUCAAUACGAGCCAGAACGUAUUGGAAACACUGAAGAAGAUUAAAGGACCCUACAGUAUUGUAUAUUACCAGAAGAACGAAAAAAUCCUUUACUUUGCAAGAGAUCGAAUUGGACGACAUAGUUUGUUGCUGAAAGCAAGUCUGAAAUACAAAUGGAUAACGCUGUCAUCAUUGGCAAAUGGAAAAUUUAAUGAAUUUAUUGAAGUGCCAGCGAUCGGUAUAUUUGCUUUUAAAAUUGAGGAUUCCACGCUCAUGAUCUAUCCUUGGUCUAGUCUCGAAACUCGUUCGGAAAAUUUAAUCCAAUGCAUGGAGGCACGACUUGGAGUGAAAAUCGUCGUACUUGGAUCGCUUUGUUCCUCAAAAAAAGAAAUUCCACUCGUAGAACCGGAUUGUCAGGGUAUUGAUUUUAUCAAUGGAUUGGUUUCUUCUGCAAAUGCUGACUUUGAAAUCUUGACCAUUACGAAGAAAAAUGUAGCCACUCUGCAACCGGAAAAUCUGUUCAAAUUCAUGAAGUCUCUGUCCGACGUACCAGAAAUUCGUACGAAAAUUGAGCGCACUUUGGAGCUGCUCAAAAAAUCAAUACAAUUGAGGGUUGAGAAAAAACCAAAAUUUUGUCAAAACUGCAUUCGUUUCAGAUUCCAUGACGAAAAUUUAAUCUGCAACCACUCUAAAAUAGGAAUUUUGUUCUCCGGUGGUCUCGACUCCACACUAUUGGCUGCACUAGCUGAUGAAUUCGUUCCCAAAGACGAAAGUAUUGAUCUCGUUAAUGUAGCAUUCGAAAAAUCUAGAAAUAUUGACACAAAAACUCCAGCGCCGAAACCUUGCAAUAUCAAUGGAGAAGGAAAGUUCGACGUCCCGGAUAGAAAAACAGGCAGACAAGCACUCGCUGAAUUACAAAAGAUUUUUCCCAGAAGAACGUGGAACUUUAUAGAGUGCAACGUGACACAAGAAGAGUUACAGCAGCAUCGAUCCUCGAGGAUUCGUAGCCUCAUACACCCAGGUGCAACGAUUUUAGAUGAGAGCUUGGGCUGCGCCCUCUGGUUCGCUAGCCGAGCUUCCGGGAUACUUGCAUCUACAGGAAAACAUUAUGACUCACCUAGUAGAAUCCUUCUCCUUGGAAUGGGAGCAGACGAGCUCUUCGGCGGUUACACUAGACAUCGCACAAUCCUUAGGCGCGAUGGAUGGCCAGCAGUGAGCCAAGAACUUUCUUUAGAAUUGGCGAGAAUAUCAGAAAGAAAUUUGGGCAGGGAUGACAGGGUUGUUGCUGACCAUGGGAGACAAUCACGUCUUCCAUAUCUUGAUGAAGAGUUUGUCGAGUACGUAAGCAGCUUGAGUCCAUGGGAAAGGUGCUGUCCAAUCGAGGCAAUGCCAGCUGGCUUGGGUGAUAAGCUUUUAUUGCGACUUGUUGCUCACGAGAUCGGACUUCGUGAAACCGCAAAUUUCCCAAAACGGGCAUUUCAGUUCGGCUCACGGAUUGCCAACCCUAAAGAGAAUGCUGCAGAUGUUUCGAAGAGAUUAUGCUUAGAGGAAUCAUGAUCUGUACUAGAAGCAGGGUUGCUUCGAUGACUUCGAUGAUAACGUGUCAUUGCGAUAUCGUGUAUCGGAUCCGCUGCACCAGCAAUGGAAAUUUCUUUAAUUCGAAUCAUAUUUGAUUUUGAAAUAGAUAUAACUUUUGAAUAAAAAUUAUUCGCAUGUGUGGGUAUAUGAUUCAACUUCCGGACAAGCACAUUGACAACUUUGCCUUACGCUUUUGCUUAUUGCUUGUUCUAAGCUUUGUCAAACUUAGAACAAGCAUUGGGUUAUUUACUGGAUACUUUGCCCUCAGGCCUCACCUAUAGACGAUGAGAAAGAAGAGCAAAGCAAAGCACAUAUCGUUGCUCUACCCUUGUUAUUGGGCAUUGACAUUUAUUUUAAAAAAUUGCAGCUCAUACAAAUACCUACCUGUGUAGAACACCUCAGUCCUCAAAUUGUUUAGAAUUCAUAGCCUUGGGAAUUCAAACAGAAAGCAUAUUCCGAAAUGGUCUGUUAGAAUUUUAGGACAUCUAAAAACUUCUACCAUAUAAUGAAGAUUAGUCUUACAACGAUUUUUCAAACUAAAGAUUUUCUCAAUUUUUCUGAAAAUAUCACCUCCAAGUGAAAUUACAUUGGAAUUCGAGAAAAUUGCUAGUACACGUUUUGGAAAUAGUCAACAAUUGAUUGAUAUUAUAGAGAAAUGAAGUAUUACACUUUUUUUCUCAGGUUAUACUUUUCUACUCGAAAAGUACGUAGAUAUGCGGGUGGCGGGAAAGCAAUCAGCUGAUAUACGUGCGUUGGUAGGGAACGGGAUCUUUACCAAAAUCCCCGCGUAGACUCGUACGUCGUUGUAUGUAUGGCAAACCAAAGUUGGUUUGAGUCUAAAUUUUUGAAAAGCCUGUUCCUGGACUCAAAUGCAUAUUUUCUGCAGGCAGCCAUCUUUCUACUAUGAAUUUUUGGUUGUAAAAGAAAUAAUUUAUAAAACAGAUUGUCGGAAUAUUUUGAAUCUAUCCAAUUUAAUUAGUUAUUUUACUCAUCAGGGUCAUUGAAAUUUGCGUUUAAGGCGAAUAUAAAACAUUGUGGAACAGAGUAGGCUUGUAAAAUGGAUGCAAUAACAAAACUGUACUCUUACGUCUUCGGCUUAGAUCGCUGUAAGUGCUUACAGGGCGCUAGGGCACGUGUGUGCAGUGUAUUUAAAGAUGGACACUGUUCCGAAAAAGAGUUCAAAGGACUUGUUUUUUGGAAUACCUGCUUUUCUGCAACGUUGUAAUUUAAAGGUUUUCUGUAUAAUUAAUGCUAUAGGUUCGAUGGUAGAGCCGCAUUUGCACGUAAAACAGAUUUUCAUCAUUGGUAUCUACAAAAUUAUUCAAUUUAUAGACUUGGUACAAUGGACCUUAUUAUAUCCAUUGUGCUAUGAGAAGCCGCUUGGGAAAUAUUACAGCAUGGAAAAUGGCAAUAGGGCAAUAUGGAAAUAGUGAAUAAAAACAUUCCUAACGUCAAAUGACGAUACACGCUAA